UCAUGAGAGAGAGAGGCAGUUCUGAUUUGGAAGCUACCAUUUCUGUUCCACAGGGGCUCCCGGACAAGCUGGACCAGAGAUACAGGCACUCUCAAUUGUCCUCCCCCCAUUAGUUUCUUCUCAAUAGUCUGAUCCUGAAAAGGAGGGGUGGACGGGGGAGUUAUCUGGCAGCCAGCUGAUCUUUGCUGUGGUAUUCUGCGAGGGAAAGGAGACUGCAAACUCUUAGUUACUCAGCUGCACUGAGAUAGAGGAAGCCACGAGAGAACUCAACAUCAACACUCACGUAAGAGGAAGGAAGCAGUGAGGCUUUUGCGUCAAAAACAUGAAGCUCGGCUUCAAGACCACGUGAAGCGUUGCCCUCCGUUGAGAAAAAAACAUCUAUAAGGGAGAAAAAGAGAGACUGACUCAUUUGUUUGGAUUCGCCCACAAAGUGUUCCAGUAGACGCUUGGCAUAUCACCACCAGUGAGAGGUUGAAGAUGUCUUGGCUGUCACCAGUGCAGUGGGCCAAAUGGACCUGGUCAGCCGUUAGAGGAGGAGGGGAGGAAGAAGACGAGACCGAUUCUGGUAUGGACGACAAACCCUUCACUGAAGGGAUGCGAGCAAUGUCAGGAGAUCAGGAGGACGACGAAAGGUCUCAUGGCUGCAGUUCGGACUCAGAGGGCCAGUUUGACACACCUGAAGCUGAGUCACCUGUCCAUCAGCCAUUUAAAGAACCAUCAGCACUGGAUCAAACUAUAGCAGAGAGCACAGGUUUCCCUGAAGAUUAUGUGAAUCAGUUGACCUCCAUUACAACCGAAGCCCAGAACUUGACCCUGGAUGAGUGUUUUCCUGAGGAUGCACCUGCCCUGGUCAUACGCCAGAACAGUGUGGACCCCAGCCCGGCCCUGAAAUCCAGGAACCAGCUUUUCUCUGCUGACAUGGAUGUGGACCAGCCUGAUCCUGCUGAAGCUGUUACAACAGAUGAUGCCAACAUCUGCAAUGGUCACAUUGAAGAAUUGUCCUCCAAACCACACACUAAUUCCCUCAAGCUUAGACCUCCUUCCCUUAAGGUGAAGGCCCCACUGAAUGGCGUAGACCCCAACGAAGUGGACGACAAUCCACCGAUACUUCCGAAGGGGAGCUGCAACUUUGACCCUAAACAGUUCGAUAACACCAUGAAUACAUUUGCAACUGAAGAGACCAAGUUGCAGAACUCUCCACCUGCCAAUCCCACUACUAAAUCAGAGUUGGAGGCAAUGCCUGCACAGCCAGUGAUGUUGGAGUUUGGACUUGAUGAUGUUGAAGCCAAGAGACCCAAGAAGUUUGGAAAAAAGACAAGCAGCAAGUUGAUUACUCCAAAAAAACUGCGACCAAAAGCUGCAGAAACAGCAGUUCUACCACCGGAGACUUCAUCAGAAAAAGACCAACCACCAUCUGAGAAUGUGACUCCAAUGAACGUUGAUGACAUUCCCAUUCCUAAGAAAUCCUACAACUUUGACCCAAGUCAGUGGGAUGAUCCCAACUUUGAUCCUUUUGGUGGGAAUGGUAAACUUAGCAACUCGCCAACACUCCCUAAAGGAUCAUAUAGUUUUGACCCUGAUCGUUUUGAUGACUCUGUUGAUCCUUUUAAGCCGUCAAAGACCUUAGGUGAAAGUGACACAAUUAAACCAACGACUGAGAAGCUAAUAGACAAACACAAACCAGAUGAAACUCUGGAGCAGAGGAAGCCAACAGGACAGCCUCAGAAGAAAAACAAAGAAAGGAUUAUCACGAACUCGUGUAAAGUAAACAAGUAUGAGAAUCAGUCCCUAGUUCUGGACGUCUGCAAUCAGGAGAAGGAUGUGCAAGAGGAUCCCGAAUCUAAACUUCCUCAACGCGUCCAUCACGCCACAGAUGAGGAGAAGUUAGCCUCCACCGUCAUGGGCCAGAAGGACGAGCAAGAGGAGUUUUCAGACUGCACCAAAACAACCACCUGUACCAAGACUGCAGAUGAUCUGCCAGUAGUGAUAACAGACCGGUUUGAUAAGAAGGACCUCUCCUCUUCGAGUGAGUGUCAUUCUCUGAGCUCUCCAGACAGCGAAACCAUAGUGAAGAUGAGUCCAGGGCUGGAUUCAAUCCCUCUCAGUGAGAUAGAUAAAGCAGCAGUGCUCACACUGAUCAGAGAAGAGAUCAUCGCCAAAGAGAUCGAAGCCAAUGAGUGGAAGAGGAAAUGUGAGGAGGGUAAACUGGAGGUCAUUGAAAUGAGGAAAAUAGUUGAUGAGUAUGAGAAGACAGUAGCUCAAAUGAUAGAAGACGAGCAGCGAAAGAACAUAGGAUCUCAGAAAAGUGUCCACCAGGUAACCCUGGAGAGAGAUCAGGCCCUCGCCGACCUCAACUCGGUGGAGCGCUCGCUGUCCGACCUGUUCAGACGUUACGAAAACUUGAAGACCGUCCUCGAGGGCUAUAAGAAGAAUGAGGAAGUGCUAAAGAAGUGCGCUCAGGAUUACCUCAUGCGUGUGAGGCAGGAGGAACAACGUUAUCAGACCCUCAAAAUCCACGCAGAGGAGAAACUUGACAAAGCGAAUGAGGAAAUAGCUCAGGUGCGAGCUAAGGCCAACGCAGAGAGCGUGGCGUUGAACGCCAGCCUCAGAAAAGAGAUGAUGAAGGUGGAGUCCCUGGAGCGGGCGCUUGAACAGAAGAAUCAAGAGAUUGAAGAGCUCACUAAAAUUUGUGAUGAGCUCAUUGCAAAAUUGGGCACAACGGACUAAAAGGAAGGGGAACCUCACCAUUUUUGACCCAAACCCACCCCGACCAAGAACGCCUCUGGAUCUCGCAUUGCUUUUUUCCCCCCUUUUUGGAAAGGAGUCACUUUUCCAUGGGUCUGGCUCAGGCACUGAAAGAAACAACAAGAUAUGAGUCCCAAAUGUUUUUUUUACAGAUUCCGAAAAUGCUGACGUUGGACUUGAACCUAUAUUUUGGUGGUAUAAAAUGUUUCAUUGGUCCUGAAGAAAGUGGGAAAACCACCCACAUAUCUCAUUCUGAUGACUUUCUGCUGGCUGUUAUUGCAGCUGUGUGUUCGGGAGAGACUCCGGGUGUGUGUUCAGGUGUUUGUGGAUAGGCCUUGUUCAUAGUUUACAUGAUUGCACUGCUGCUAUUUUUAACGGAGGGAGCAAAUCAUAUUAUUUACAACUUUUUUAGUUACGUUUCUUGCAUUGGAUAAUACUGUAACCUGUGUAAUUAUUCGGUUAUAUAUUAGAGAUCAUAAUACAAAUGUAAAGGAAUUACGGGUUCAGAACAAGUUCAAGAUCAAUUGACAUCACUGGUGGUAUAAUGUGGAUUACCACAAAAAUGAAUGAAUUAAUUAAUUUUCUUUUUUCUUUAAAAAAAAAGCAAAAGUACAGGUUUACAGUGAGGCUCUUAAAAUGAAAGUGAACGUUAAUUGUUAAACGUUACAAUAUUAAGUAUUUCAACUGUAUAUGAGGGUUAAUAUGAUUUUAGUGUGAAAAAUCACUUUUCUAUGUAAAGUUUAAUGCAUUUUUCCUACUUUAUUGCCACCCACAAAGCCUAAAACCCUAAAAAUAUAUAUAUAUAUUUUAGAGCUUAAAUAAUAUGCAAAUAUUCGCAGAAGAAUAAAUCUAAGUACUUCCAUACAAUUGAAAGCAUAUUUCUGCUCUAAAAUUGGCCAUACAAAUCCCUCACUGUAAUUUCGAUGGAAAAAAGCAUGGAUUUAUAUUACAUUGUAUGGAUUCAAAUGUCAUUUUGUUACUCAACACAAAUGCUGUCGAGUUUAACUUGUAUUGAACCCGCAAUAAUCUUUUACAGAGUGGAUUUUAGCAUAUUCAAGACUUCUGUUGUAUGAGUUUGUAGACAGUUGUAGUUCCAUACAUUGUUUUUCUUACUCUCUGGGUGUUUAUAGGUGCCAAAUUAUCAUAAAUUAAGCAAGCUCUGGUGUUGCCAGAUGUUCUGAUGGGUUUUUUCUAGAUUUGAGGUCAUAAUAAUCCGAUCGAAUGCUUGCUUCGCAAAAUGUAACGGCACAAAAGCAAACCUAACUGAAAGCACUUAAACUUUUUGUAUGAAACACUUUGUAGUCUGCAUGAAUUACAGAGAAUAUCACAAGUUACUCUCUGUCGCAGAGAAGCUGUCCAAAGUUAUGCCUGUGGACCGAAUCAUUUUCAAAACAUUCAGAAGUCAAUUCGAGGAUUGACAAUCUUUUGCCUGACUAUGAUACGUGCCUAAUGCUGAAGUAAUGCUUUCUUUUGGAUGUUGUUGUUGUUUUUUUGUUUUGUUUUUUUACCCACAAUUCCUCUGUGCUAUCUUAUGCAACAUUUUUGCUCAUAAUAUUCAACUGCCAAAUGAAUCCGCUAUCGGUGUGCCAAGCGUUUACGGGUCGUGUAGAGAAAUCGAGCCUGUAUUUCACAAGCGUCUACAGUGACCUGUGUAUAUUUUUAUGAGAAGUUAUUUUACUGUGUUAUUAAUGUUUGUAAAGUGGAAGAGAGAGUUGCGUUGACUAAUAUAUAUUUUGUGCAUAAAUGCAAUCCCUGAAUAAAUGCGCUUGUUGAAUGAUU